GCAUGUUCUCAAGUGGGGAUCUUUAUUGUAUUCAUUUAUGUUUCUCAUUUGCUCCGUUGCUUUUAAAGCUUUUCCAAAUUGAGCUACAGGAUCGGGAUCUACACCAGCAUGAGCCACUUUCUUUUUUUCUGUUUCUGUUUGAGUGCUGGACUCACAGACUCAUCUGGUCCUAGGAUGCUGAACAAGCGUCUGGACUGCAACCAGCCACGCCUUAACAACUGCACAAUUAAUAACUGCUCAGAUGAACAGAAAGUACCUAAUACAGAAGCUCCUACUGGCCCAGAUUCGGUGGAUGUGACACUCUGGAAGGGCAAACAUGAGCUUGUUCCUGUUUUGAAUGUGACGUGGAAAAUAAAUAUUGACUCAUCCAUAUGGGCACUUAAGGGAUCUCAAAUUAAUAUUGUGGAUGAAACUACAAAUCACAGUCUGUGUGUGCAAUUUAGUUACUCAUUUAAACACAAUACAACAUUGCACAACCAAAACCAUAAGUGGACAUUUUCUUUGGAUGAAGUUGAGGUAGAGUUUGGCCAUACAUACAUGGUGACUGUUUUUAACUUGCCAGAACCUGAGAAUGGAGAUAACAGGAAAAGGACGUCAAUUGCCAUUCCAGGAUGUGAUGAUAAAAGAAUCCAGCAGGUCCGAAUGUGUCUGGAAAACGGCAGCCUGUGGAAUCAUAGCAUGCAGACUCAAGUGUUGACUAAUGGUAACAUCAAAUUGUCCAUUGUUGUAACAUUUAAGGCUUCACAGUAUUCAGAGAAAUACAGAGUUUCCAUCCUGAACAGUGGCAUCCUUUGCUCAAAGAAUGUCUCAAAGGAAAACGCAACGACUGUGAACGUGACAUUUGAGUUUGAGCGGUGGCAACUCAGGCAAUGUGAAAUAUCAGUAAUGGUCCAACCAUUUUUUAGGCAAUGCCAAAAUAAUUGUUUGAGCCCCAACAAAACAAUUGAUUACUGCCAGUAUUAUCCAACAAGGACUUAUCUUAUAAAGGCGGCCAUUGGACUGCUGUUAAUUAGUAUUUGUCUGGCUUGUUUACUCUGGAGAGCAUCUCAUAAAGAUCCUUUGAACACAUCUUCACCCACUGCCAGAGACCAACCACAAGUUUUGCAAGUCAAAGAGAGAAAGAGUGUCCUCAUCAUCCACUCCCUCGAUCACCCUUUAUACAAAAAUAUUGUUCUCAAGCUUUGUGCCUUCCUGAUGAACAAAUGUGGUACGGAGGUGGUCCUGGAUUUGCUGGAUUCUAGUAGACUGGGAGUGCUUGGAAAGAUCCAGUGGUUGGACUGGCACAAAGAGCAAAUUGAGAAAUCCUCUGCUAAGAUACUAAUCCUGUGCUCACGAGGUGUACAAGCCAAGUGGAGAGCCAUGUGUGGUGACAAACAGGUUUUCAUGAGAGAAGACGCUUGUUCAUCUGUAGGUGACAUGCUCACACCGUCCCUCAGCCUCUUGGUUCCUCAUUUUAUCCGAUCUGCAUCGUUCAAAAAGUACAUUGUGGCUUACUUUGAUGGCAUUUCUUCAGAAGAAGACGUUCCUUCGCCUUUCAACAUUACAGUACGAUACAAGCUGAUGAAACAGUUUGAGGAGGUCUUUUUCAGAAUCCUCGACUUAGAAAAACAUGAACCAGGCAUUGUGAAGAAAGUUGAAGGGCUUUCAGAAGACACUUACCAUCUGUGCCCUUCAGGUAGAGCCUUGUAUGAUGCUAUAGAGGCUUUCCGUGCAUACCAGCUGAAGCAUCCACGCUGGUUUGAAGAGGAGCUACUGGAAAGCUCAGAAUUGGAGUUUGAGGAGACGUCAUGUGAAAUCUAUAAAACCCCUCCCAUAUACCCAAACUUUAAAACAGAUUAUGUUCUUCACCCAGCCCAAGUUAUCAGUCAUCACGUGCAGACAAGUGACGACUUCACCACAGAUGAAACAAAACUUUAUCUGUCAGAAAAUCUUCAAGUGUUCUCUUCAAUGCACUUCCACCCGCUAAUUGUUCAGAACUCGUGACCGUCCUUCUAUCCAUUUUCUUAACCUCGUAUCCAACUUAGGGUGGCAGAGGGGCUGGAGCCUAUCACAGCUAACACUGGCUGCAAGGCAGGUACACUGUGAAAUGUAACUAGUUCUCAGAACUUAAAAAAUUAUGGAAUCUCAUUGUCUUGGAAAAACUGAGUUAAGUUUAGAUGACUAAAGUAGGGCAACUUAUUUAUUGUGAAUAUGUUACACACUGAAGGACGACAGGGUUCAUUCAGGUGCACAUGAAGAUUUAUUGUGCUGAAACACAGUAAAACAGUUCAGUGUUACUGGCGGCUUCCAUUGUAAUAACUGGCCUGCGUUACUUUGUAGCGUUACGUGUAAUGGCCAUGUAUUAAUCAGCCCUUAGCACACAGAGAAAAUGACCAGUAAACAACAGACAACAUAACAUGUACUGGCUGGUCUAUUUCCUAUAACUUUAACUGAAACCAGCUAACAGUUUCCUUUCACAUUACUGAUGUAACAACACGGUUACAGAGAUUAAUGCAGGAGGCUAACAUCGCUUAGCUAGCGCACAAACGUUACUAGCAUUACCCAAAGAUAACGUAAAACAACUCCCUUAUUCCCUCACAUUAAACACCAUAUAAACACGAAUUACACUCCAACAUGUUAAAUAAGCAUCAACUCUACAUAAAUGUAUGUAGUGCUUGUAUAUCGCUCUCACCUGAAACACAGUAAAACAGUUCAGUGUUACUGGCGGCUUCCAUUGUAAUAACUGGCCUGCGUUACUUUGUGAGAGAUUAUUUUGCCAGUUACCUGUUUGGCUGAGCCACCACUGCCACCUACUGGCAAAACUAAAUAUCGCCCUAACAUCACAUCAGGUGGGAGCAAAUGAGCUUUUCGCUCUGUGUUAUGAUGCAAACUAUUGUCACAACGAAUAGCAAAAAAGAUGAUGGGGGGUGGGGGGGGGACACGAACACAAAAGGAACACAUCUGAGACUUGUUCUUAAUGCUCAAAAUACUCAGGGUGCCACAAAUACUCCCACGUUCCAGUCCAUCAUGGUAACAACACGGAGAAACUGACAACCACAAACUCUUAUAUUUACAUCUAUGACCAAGUUAGUAUCACCAGUUAAUCCAGCAAGAAUGUAUUUAGGCUAUAGUACAAAACAAAAGCACCCAGAGGACACCCACACAGGCACAGGCAGAGCAUGCAAGCUUCACACGGAAGGGCCUUCCGACUGAAUCUUCAUGCUGUGACCUUUUAGUGCUAACCACUGUACCACAAUGUAGUUCAUUUAACAAGUUAAAUAGAAUAGCAUUAAGACCUUGAGAUAUUUGUGAUAACCAUGUCUUUAUAUCUGCACGGGAGAACAGAAACUAAGUAGUACAUGUAUCAUUCCACUACAAACCAUAAAAACUGUAUUUUUAAAAGGACAUUUUGUACAUUUAUUUAAAAAUAUGCUUAUUUACUGUGUGUUAUACUAUAUUGUGCAUUAGCUGCUUGCUCUUUGUUCUGUGUGGUUUUGCAUUAAUUUGAUUUGCCAGGAGACAGUAACAGAGAAGGUUAAACUAUUGAAAUGUGCUGUUGAUGCUUGUGGGCUGUGUAAACAGUGUUAACAGGGUCAAAGUUCAACCUUGUGGGCAAAGUUUGUAGCAUUUUUGUUGCAGUGGGGAAGGUAAGACCCAAACUCUUUGUAUAAAUUAGACCUUUUUCUCUUUGUGACUGUUUUUGAUCAAGACAGGUCUAUAAAUUUAUUCAGUUUUAGGUAUAAUGUGUUUUUUUUAAAAAACUCUCUCAGCAGUAUUUCUUUACUUUUUUGGAUUGAAGGGAGUCUUUCACAUUACUAUGCUGGAAGUAAUAAAUGGCCUUUUCCCCUUAUUUAUUUAUUUAGAAAAAUACUCACAGUGUGCUAGUGUCAGUGUGGCCCCUCCAAAAAUUGGGUCAGGGUGCUGGGAAUUUAUCCCAGCUUUCUGGUUAGGAAUGUCUCACAAUGGCUGUACAGGCAUUGUGCCCUGCUUUGGCAGAAAACACACUGUAGGGUACGAUAAAUUUGGGAGGCUAAACAGUUUUUCCUUGAAAAACACAAGGUAAAGUUUUUCGCUUUUAAUUUAAAGACAGAAAAUUGGAGUUAGAUUUUUUCUGUAGUCCCUUUUUAAUGUUAAUGUUUGCAUUUUGUGUUAAAGAACCAUGAAAUCUAAACUAAAUGCUGUGUGUGUAACGCUUGAUUCAACAGCAAGAACGUGUCUUUCUCAACUUUGAAGCAGCUUUCUCUUGUAAUCUCUUUCUUGUUUCAAUGAGUUGACAUUAAAUAUUUUCAGCAUUG